GGUCCUGCGCUGUUGGCCUGAAGUCUCCGGUGCGGGCCGCCGAGGCUCAGGGCUGUGGGGGAGGGGCUGGCCCGGCCCCCCAGGUCGGAGCUGGGUCCCGGCAGUGCCGGCUCCGGGAGCCUCUGAGGCCCGGCCGACCCUCACCUGGUCAAGCGGGGCGCUGGCGGCGGGGGUCCUGCCGGGUCACAGACCCAGCGGGGCAGCCCCUUCCAGCUCCGGGCGGAGGGGGCCGCCAGGGCAGGCGCGCCCCCCACAGGGCUCUGGGGGAGUUCAUUCCUUGGGUGAGGAGGGCCCGCUCCGGCUCCGGACUCGGGCGGAGGCUCGCGGGGUCCGUCCUGCUCCACGUCCUGGGUCGCCUGGGCUGCGGCGGCGGCGGCGGGCGGCCCGGACUGUCACAUUCCGGGGGCCUGAGUCAGGCCCCGCGGGGCGGGGCGGGCAGAGCCGAGGCUGGCGCAGCAGCAGCAGAGGCGGCGGCGGCGGCGGCAGGAGCAGGAGCAGGAGCAGCAGCAGCAGCAGCAGCAGCAGCAGCAGCAGCAGCAGCAGUAGCGCGGCCCGGGAGGCGGCACCAGGAAGCGCCCGCCCCGGCUCUAGCCGCCAUGUAACCGGCGCCGCCCGGAGCCGCAGCGCCGCCGCCGCCGUCGUCCCCGGAACCCCCGGAGCCUCCGAGGCCCCCGGAGCCCCCAGCCAUGGGCGACGAGGACGAGGAGGAGGGCUGCGCCGUGGAGCUGCGGAUCACGGACGCCAACCUGACCGGGCACGAGGAGAAGCCUACGGGAAGGUGUUCCUGGUGCGGAAGGCAGGCGGGCACGACGCCGGGAAGCUGUACGCCAUGAAGGUGCUGCGCAAGGCGGCCAUCGUGCAGCGCGCCAAGACGCAGGAGCACACGCGCACGGAGCGCUCGGUGCUGGAGCUGGUGCGCCAGGCGCCCUUCCUGGUCACGCUGCACUACGCCUUCCAGACGGACGCCAAGCUGCACCUCAUCCUGGACUACGUGAGCGGCGGCGAGAUGUUCACCCACCUGUACCAGCGCGAGCACUUCGCCGAGGCCGAAGUGCGCGUCUACGGCGGCGAGAUCGUGCUGGCCCUGGAGCACCUGCACAAGCUGGGCAUCAUCUACCGAGACAUGAAGCUGGAGAACGUCCUGCUGGACUCGGACGGCCACAUCGUGCUCACGGAUUUCGGCCUCAGCAAGGAGUUCCUGUCGGAGGAGAAGGAGCGGACCUUCUCCUUCUGCGGCACCAUCGAGUACAUGGCUCCCGAGAUCAUCCGGGGGAAGUCGGGGCACGGCAAGUCCGUCGACUGGUGGAGUCUGGGCAUCCUCCUGUUCGAGCUGCUGACCGGGGCGUCGCCCUUCACUCUGGAGGGUGAGAGGAACACGCAGGCCGAGGUCUCCCGGCGGAUUCUGAAAUGUAACCCUCCCUUUCCCUCCCGGAUCGGGCCCGUUGCUCAGGACCUGCUCAAGAAGCUCCUGGAGAAGGACCCCAAAAAGCGGCUGGGGGCGGGGCCGCAGGGGGCCCAGGAGGUGAAGGAUCACCCCUUCUUCCAGGGUCUGGAUUGGGCCGCUCUGGCUGCCAGGAAGGUCCCGGCCCCGUUCCGGCCCCAGAUCCGUUCAGAGCUGGACGUGGGCAACUUUGCAGAAGAGUUCACCCGGCUGGAGCCCGUCUACUCGCCUCCCGGCAGCCCGCCCCCCGGGGACCCUCGCAUCUUCCAGGGUUACUCCUUUGUGGCCCCUUCCAUUCUGUUCGACCGGAACAACGCCGUGAUGACCGACGUCCUGGAGCUGCCGGGGGGCGGGGACCGGCCUGGCCGGGCGGCCGUGGCCAGGAGCGCCAUGAUGCAGGACUCGCCCUUCUUCCAGCUGUAUGAGCUGGACCUGCGGGAACCCGCCUUGGGCCAGGGGAGCUUCUCCGUGUGUCGCCGCUGCCGCCAGCGUCAGAGCGGGCAGGAGUUUGCCGUCAAGAUUCUGAGCCGCAGGCUGGAGAUGAACACCCAGAGGGAGAUCGCGGCCCUGAGGCUUUGCCAGUCCCACCCCAACGUGGUGAAGCUCCAGGAAGUCCACCAUGACCAGUACCACACGUACCUGGUGCUGGAGCUCCUGCGCGGCGGCGAGCUGCUGGAGCACAUCCGCAAGAAGCAGCAUUUCAGCGAGUCGGAGGCCAGCCAGAUCCUGCGCAGCCUCGUGUCAGCUGUCAGCUACAUGCAUGAAGAGGCCGGGGUGGUGCACCGGGACCUGAAGCCCGAGAAUAUCCUGUAUGCUGACGAGGCCCCUGGAGCCCCAGUGAAGAUUAUUGACUUUGGCUUUGCCCGCCUGCGGCCUCAGAGCCCCGCGGGGCCCAUGCAGACCCCCUGCUUCACCCUGCAGUACGCCGCCCCCGAGCUGCUUGCCCACCAGGGCUACGAUGAGUCCUGUGACCUCUGGAGCCUUGGGGUGAUCCUGUAUAUGAUGCUGUCCGGGCAGGUCCCCUUCCAGGGGGGUCCCGGCCGGGGAGGACAGAGCCAGGCAGCUGAGAUCAUGAGGAAAAUCCGUGAGGGCCGAUUCUCCCUGGAUGGGGAGGCCUGGCAGGGCGUCUCGGAGGAGGCCAAGGAGCUCGUCCGAGGACUCCUGACCGUGGACCCUGCCAAGAGGCUGAAGCUGGCGGACCUUCGGGGCAGCAGCUGGCUGCAGGAUGGCAGUGCCCGCUCCUCCCCUCCCCUCCGGACCCCAGAUGUGCUGGAGUCCGCAGGGCCUGCUGUGCGCUCCGGGGUCAAUGCCACCUUCAUGGCAUUCAACAGAGGCAAGAGGGAGGGCUUCUUUCUGAAGAGUGUGGAGAACGCUCCUCUGGCCAAACGUCGCAAGAUGAAGCUAGGCAGCUCCGAGCCAGCCCGCAAGGGUUCCCCUGGCCCUCCCCCGGCCCCUGCCCCCUCCACCCAGGGACGAGGAGCCCCACCUGCCAAGGGGGCUCCUCGCCGAGCCAAAGGCCCCCUCUCUCCCUCCUAGCGGGGCUAGGCAGGGAGCUGGGUGAGGGAGGCUGCCUGUGCCAGGGGCCACUGUGACCCUGGGGUUGGAGAGGGAGGUCAGCCCUGUGGAGAGGAGAACCUGACCCUGGGAGGAGAAAGUGGGGGGGUUCAUGCCUCUCGAUUGGGCCUGGGGGAGCCGUCCUUGCCUGCCCCCUCCCCCAUUUCUUCUAGGCCGUUUCUCUCUCCUGGACACCCUUGCCCCGGGGGGCCCUCCCCUCCCCAGCCCCUUCCUUCCCUCUCCAACCCCCCCCACCCCCCCAGAGACUGAGACAAGUAUUUUUAUAAACAGAGAACUUUUUUAAUGUCUUUCCAGGUAGAGUUAGUGAUGCAGGGAUUCUGAGUGGAGCAGGGGCUGCAGGGCCUGCCCGCCUCUGCCCCUGGGGAGGGGGCAGCCGCAGAGACUAGGGCUGCUGCCCCCCCAGGCCUGCUUGGUGGGCUGCCCUUCCUCCCUGGCUCCUUGUCAGCUUGGCCUUUAGCCAGCCAGGCCUGGGCUUGCGAGGGGCAGGUGAGGCCUUUCAGGCCCGCCUCUCCUCCUCCCUCCCACUUCGUGGCCGUAGUGAGGACCCGGGCAGCCCCUUCUUUCGCUGCCUGGGGGGCAGGCCCAGGGGGCCCCCCACGUCAGGAAGGGGAUGUCGGCCCUGUGUCCCAAACUGUCACUUUAUGGGGCGUCUGUGCAAUUCUCUCCACCAAAGACUGAAAGUCUCGUGGAAGCCGCUGCCCCCUGGGAGGGAGAGGGGGUGCCAGGGUCACUGUGAGCUCACUGUCGCCUCCUUAUCCCAGACCUUCCAGGUGGGCCUCCUCCCAUUGCCUCCCUCCCUCCCUGGGCCGGGCGGCACCCCCUCGGACGCCCCUCCCCCUGCUUUUGGCCGCUGCCCCUGGCUUGGGGGAAGGGGUGCUGGGGAAGGGGGGCUCCCACACUGCUUCUCUGGUCACUGCCUCAGCCGGCCCAGGCCGUGCCUUUGACUUCAAAAUAAAAAUCCCGUCCCGA